AUGAUUUCGGCACCGGAUCUGGUUCAUUAUGUGUGCAUUGCCAGGGGUACCACGGUGUUGGCUGAGUUCAAUUCGAAGGAUGAGAAACUUGGAUCGAUCGCAGGAAAAUGUUUGGAGAAAACGCCGUCGUUUCAUUCCAUCUUCACCCACACCGUCCGGUCUCAAACCUACACUUUCUUGAUCGAUGACCCUUUGAUUUAUUUCGCGAUUUUUGAUGAAAAACUGGAGAAAUGUGAGGGGUUGGGCUUCCUCAAGAGCGCAAAACAAACGUUUGACAAGUUUUUCCAGGGCGAUCUGGGGAAGAAGAGGUUGGACCGGGUGAGUGCUCAUUGUUUUCAGGGGGAAUUUAAUCCGGUUUUCCAUCGAUUGCUGGGUCCGGGGCCGGAAUCGGAACCAGCGGUUCCAAUAUGUGAAAGAUUUGACCAAAGCGACAGUUUGUAUUCCGGUUCAGGCCAUUUGGGAGGGCCAAAUGGGGAUUCGUCGAUGAACUUGAAGAAGAAGAAGAAGAAUAGAAUGUUUGUGAAUUUUAAGAUUGGUAGCGGGGACAUGAAGGGUAGAGGAGGUAUCGAGAAGAAGGUCGACGUUGGGGCUGAAGAUGACGAUAGGGACGGGAUUUUAUUGAGCCGGGAGUUUUCAGCGGUAAUGCACAAGAAUGAGAUGUACUCAUGUCAAUUGAUGGGAAACCACAACCAUCAGAAAGCCAAGAAAGUUUGGAAAAAGCAAGCGUGGAUCGUGUUAUCGCUUGAUUUCUAUCUUGCUGUUCUGCCAUGGCUGUUUGCUUCUGUUCUGUUGGUGUCGAAUGCAAAAUUGUUUCUUUAUAGAGGAGUCAUUGAGAUAAUGAAUUCAAAUUUAAUGCUUAGACGUAUGAAUGAAAGUGCUGCUUUCUUAUUUGUUAGAAAUGAUGAGAUUCUCAAUGGCUAUGAUGGAAUUACUGCUUGA